CAGGCUAUCAGCCUGGGGUCCCCUGAUGGGGCCUUCUGGAUUACGCCAGGGUAGCUAAGCGAGACUUGUCUUGGAUCACGUGUUGGGGACCCCUGGGAGUUCCUGACUGGCCCCACGGCAUGCAGGUCCCCACUGCAGGGCCUGCUGGGCAGAGCAGGUGUCCAGAGGCCAAGGCAAUGGAAUUACAGCAGGCGGAGAAGACCGAGCAGCUGCAGACCGGCCUGUCUGGUGCCUGCUCUAUCCCAGUGCUUCCUCCAUCCGGGUUCGUGUAGAACCCAUGCUCUAGGAAAGCUUCCAGAAUAAACCCCGUGGCCGUGGCGUUUGGCCUACUCAGCCCCCAGAAGCCCUUUUCUCCUUCCAUCCCACAUGAGGUCCUAGUGGGUUUUGAGAAUUGGGGGCUUUUUGACUGAAAAUUUGCCUUGGCUGCCUCAGGUAGUAAACGAGUUGUGACAUUUGGUGAGUCGUGGGCCCCUUGGAGAACCUCCCUCUAGAAGCGUGGACAUCUGCAGAGGCCACAUUUACUCCAAGGGUCAUGGACACCCCCCCUCAGACCUCCAGCAUACCUAAUGCCCUGACCCCCAGCCUCAGGGAGCCCCAGGCCUCAAGGGCUCUGGGGCUCAUGGCCACAGCUGACCGGCACACCCCAUCCAUCCCCAGGCCGAGGCCAGAGCCUACCCAGGAUGCCCGCCCUGCCGGGGCAGGGAACAGACUCCCAGCCUUCAGCCACGAAGUCCAGCAGAACCUGCCUCAGAUUCCAGAAGGUGCCAGUGCAGCGGUCUCGGGCCCCUCACCGGACCAGGCGGUGGCGCCGGUGUCCGGGAACAACUUGGGCGUGCUGCCUGGGGAGGUCAAGCCCGGUGUGCGCGAGAUCCACCUGUGCAAGGACGACCGCGGCAAGACGGAGCUGCGGCUGCGGGCCAUCGAAGCCACGCCCCAGGCCCAGCUCACCAACCCUCCCUGCCAGGCCAUUCCAGCAGAACGUCACCAUGCACAAGGACAGCACAGGCCACGUCGGCUUCGUCAUCAAGAAGGGGAAGCUCAUCUCUUCGGUCAAAGGGAGUUCUGUGGCCCGCAACGGGCUCCUCAUCAACCACUACGUGUGCGAGGUGAACGGGCAGAACGUCCUUGGGCUGAAGGACAAAGAAGUCACGGAGAUUCUGGCCACAGCCGGGAACGUCACCAACCUGACCAUCAUCCCCACUGUGAUCUACGAGCACAUGGCUGUCCCCAGCCCUGCUCCACCACACCGUGGACCACUCCAUCGCUGACAUCUGAAGCCACGGGAGAGCAGCUCAGCCCUCUCACCCUCCAGCAGGAAAGGGAGAGUCCUCAGGGGACAGGCUGUGGAGGCCUGCUGCCUGGGGGCGGGGCUGUCUCGAGGCGGGCGUGUUCUGGGGGGGUGCAACAUUGGAUCACAUGGGCCUGUCAUUUAUACACACUGGCCUCCUUGGAGCCUCAGCCUCUCAACUGGGCUUAGGCAGGGGCAGGGCCCACAGGCAGUGAUUCUCUGAGGUGAUUUAAAUGCUGGGCACGUAGGCAGGCCGACUAAACGCUUCCUAAAGUUGCAGCUGGGUCCCUUUCAAACUUCUGCCUCUACCAGUAAAAACAUUUCCACGGUUUGAGAGAACAAAUACAUUUUUGGGGGAGAAUUGUUUCUUUUUCCUUUACUUGCUCUUUGUCACAAACUGUAUUUAGUUAUAACCCUUCACUGUCUUUUGAAUAAAGAUUUGAUUUUACAUAAAAUCCCUUCCUCAAAGGUAACUGAAAUUCCAGAAUCUUCUGUCUCAUGACAUGCCAGAGCUGGUUUUCUUUUAAGCAGUGGUGAGACCAAGCCCUUUGCUACGUAUUGCCCCUGAGAGCAGUGACUGGGCUUUGCCACCGUCACAUGCCGCCGGUCUGGGGCAUGGAUGACUAGAGGGGGACGGUGUGGGGCUCUGGAAGGGGGCCCUGGCUUUCGCGCACCCCCUGCUCAGCGACUGCAGCUGGCUUCCGCAUCUGCAGAACGGGCGUGAGGACCACUUCAAGGGUGCUGGAGAGGAUGGAACACGUGCACUUACAGGGCCCCGCGGGUCUGACGGUGGGGGGGCGUGGGGUGUGCCAAGUGACCCCCUGGAGGCGAGUCAGAAGCACGGCAGAGCUGAGCCAGCACGCAGC